AAUCUUCUUUCUGUUCCUUUUAAAAAAUCAAAUAAUUCGUAAAACGUAUUGUUUUUAAUUAAAUAUAUUUGUUUAAAAAAAAUGAUGAAAAUAAUAUUUUUUAUAAGCUCUCUUAUUAUAAAAGGAUUAUGUUUUAGUUUAUUAGAAUUAGGAGUUCCAAUAGAGUCUAUAAUUCAUUCCUAGCAUCGCGAAUCAUUUCUUGUAAAUGAUGUUGGAAAAUUAAAUAAUUUGAUCAUAUAAUUAAAUUUGAGAUAUGGAAAAGUGCAAUUUGGUGUAGAUUUAUACAACAAAACAAAAAAUUACAUGAAUUCAACAGUAGAAAGCUACAGAUGGCAUUCAAAUGUUUUUAGUGAAGUAGAGGAAGGUUACGAUAUUAAAGAAAAUUAAAUUAACAUUGACAUAAAGGAUGUCCUUUAAGUCAGUAUGAGCAAUAAAUUAGUUAAUAAAUUGAAGAGAUUUGAGAUAAAAUAAAAAUUUAUUGUUACCAUAGAGGCUCAUUAAAGUGCUAAAUAUAAAUUAGUUGCAGUUUCAGAUAGAGUUUAUUUAAAAGCUAAUUCAACAAUGAGGUUUCUUUUACCAACUUAAAACAGCACUAUGAGCUUUAUCAUAGAAGCUGGUGAUUUCUUUUUACUUAAUACUUAUCUAAAUACUGGUUAAGCUAACUUGAAAAUUAAUAAAUUAAAUGAAGAAUUAGCAAUAGCAGAUAGCUCUAGUGCAUUAUCUCAUCAACAAAUACCAAUUUAGUAAAUAAUCUAAGACAGUGAGUCAAUGUUAGAAUAAGUCUUGAUAGAUAGAGAAUCAUUCCAAAUUGGAUAUAAAAAAAAAGGAAUAAUGCAGUAUGUGAUUACUUUUGAAAGCAAAGAAUAAAAGCCAAUUAACGUAUUUAUUAAUUGGUCAAGUUCAUUUGGAACUGUAAUCACUUAAAAAUACGAUACCUUCUAUGGAAAAUUGUUUAAUUCAAUAAUUGGAAAUGGUAGCAAGGGCAAAUAAAUGGUAAAGAUUUUAAUCAUGGGAUGUUUAGUGCUCUCUCUCCUUUUGUAUUCAAUUAUUUUUGUAUUUAGAAACAUGAAUUCAAGAAAAUAUGAGAUGAUUAAAUAAUAUUGGGAGGAAGAUGAAGAAAAUAUACUAAAAUGAGUGAUUUUUCUUAACCUUUCAUCCUUACUAAAUAUUAAAAUAAUUCUAAUCAAUCUUAUUUAUCUAUUUUAUUUUAUUGUUUAUAAUUUCUUCUAUUUCUACAUGUAAAGUGUUAGUAAUUUGAUGAAAAUUAAACCUUUAUUUA